AUGAGCACCAGCGAGACUGAGGUGCCAGAACAACUCUUCCUCGAAUUCUCUAUUCAAGACAUCAUUCAAAGGGAAACCAACGGGCUUGCGGUCAUGGAACCAUGGGCUAGCGCAUACGUGGACGCGAUCCGCAAUCGCAGAUUCGGCGAUGCGGUGUGGGCACGUUACCAUCUCGCCGGGGACGUGGACAGCGAGACCGGCAUCAUUGGAGACACAAGCAAGAGUGUUCUCCAGAUGAUCGAAGAAGAUGCCGUGGGAUACCGGACUGGGGAGUCAGGCCUCUACGCAGAAGCGCUAUCGACUGUUUACGAACGGACGAGCGAGUCUGAUGGACAUCCCGAGGUGAUUGAGCUUCUUUUGCGCGUUGGCAAGCAAAGUAUUCGGGAGCUGCGAGCUCAAUUCAAGGAUGAAUUUGACAGUUAG